GCUUUGUGUGUUAAAGCUAAAAACUGCCUCAUGUUGAUACAGACAUAACCUUUUAUGUAUAUAAGAGAUUUAUUUGUCUUUAAGACUUAAGCCUCGCAGGCCACUAAACAACAAGCUCUUAAUUGGAUGGUUGAAUUCUAGUUAGUCUAGUCUCUCAGAUUCCUCUUUGUGAAGUCAUAAUUAUUAACACACUGAUAGUCUAUCUAAAUGUCAUAUUGCCCCAUAUAAACAUAAAAUGGCAUUUGCAAGUAAAUGAAUAAAGAGAGACAUUUGCCUACAAGAAAGAAUCCUACUGUACUAGCUUGCUCAGUAAUAGUUCCUCUGCGGUGAAUGGGUGCCGUCAGAAUGGGAGUCCGAACAGAUGUUAAAAAUAUCACAAUAAUUCAUAAAUAAUCCACAUGAAGUGAAAUGCUGUGUUUUUAAGGAACAAAUAUGUUCAAUGCUUUUUUCAUGAAUCGGGAGAGAAAAAUGCACAGAUCGUGCACUGUAUACAAGCAAAGCCUUUUCAAAAGCAGUUCCAAACAAAAUGUGAUGGAUGGAUUUAUUUUGAUGUGAGCGGACAACAUGGGACAGCCUUUUUUACUAGAGGAAGCAUUAUUAUGGAUAUAUUCUGGCUCGUAUUUUAGCCAGAAGCAGUGGUUUAAAGUUAAAAUGCUUUAAUGAUGGUUUUAAUUUAAGUUGGAGACUGGAGUGAAUUGAAAUUAUUUAUGUGUAAAAUUAUAAAUAAGUAAAAAAAAAAAAAAAACUACGAUCACCUCAUGAGUUUUGUUGUGGUUAGCAUUUAAAGUGUGGUUACACUUAACAGUGCCACUUAACUGAAACGGCGGUGCAAAAAUGAUGUUUUCGUAACUUCAACAGGGUAAAUAUUUUGCGUUCUCUGCAAUGUAAACAAAGGCAGGUCUGAGUGAAUGAAUUUGAGUACUCGUAAUCCUGGGUGAAAACAAACACAGCCCUCCCCUCUGCGGAAGCUCUACUGUACUUUAUCAGCUGCUGGUUACUGCCUCCAAGGUGGUUUUGUUCCUCAUUGCACUUGUACCCGCAUGUCUGAGUCUGUGUCAUGUUUGCUCUCUCUGUGUGUUUUGCUCGUUCAGUACGAUGCUGCUUCCAUCCAGCCUAGCGUGGUGUUGUGCUCCUGUGCUUCUUCAUCAAUGGUAAGGACUCAGCUGAACUCCAGCCUUCCUCACUGUCUCAGUAUGGAGGUCCGCGGGGGUGAGGCAAGCGUGCAGCCAAAGACGUCUAUUAUCAAGCCUCCACAGUCACGCAAGAAGGAGGACUUCAGCUUUGGCAAGAUUUUAGGGGAGGGUUCCUUCUCAACAGUUGUACUGGCAAAGGAACUGGCCUCAGGAAAGGAAUAUGCAAUGAAGAUUCUAGAGAAGAAUCACAUCAGGAAAGAGAAUAAAGCACACUAUGUGAUCAGAGAGAAGGAUAUAUUGUCAAGCAUCGAUCAUCCCUUUUUCGUAAAGCUCUACUUCACGUUUCAAGAUUCACAUAAACUGUAUUUUGCCCUCAGUUAUGCAAAGAAUGGAGAACUGCUUAGAUACAUUCGCAAAAUAGGCUCAUUUGAUGAGACUUGCACAAGAUUCUACACUGCUGAGAUAGUUUGUGCACUGGAGUAUUUGCACGCAAUGGGAAUUAUUCACAGGGACCUUAAGCCAGAGAACAUUUUAUUGAGCGAAGAGAUGCACAUUCAAAUUACGGAUUUCGGGACGGCGAAACAGUUGUCGAUGGACAGCGCUCAAACAAGAGCCAAUUCUUUUGUUGGCACUGCACAGUACGUUUCUCCGGAGCUGCUGACGGAAAAAUCAGCCUCCAAAAGUUCUGACCUCUGGGCACUGGGUUGCAUAAUCUACCAGCUGGUGGCCGGAUUACCUCCGUUUAGAGCUGGGAAUGAGUACUUGAUUUUCCAGAAGAUAAUAAAGCUGGAAUAUGGAUUUCCUGAGAAGUUCUUCCCUAAAGCUAAAGAUCUGGUGCAGCGACUGUUGUCUUUGGACCCUAGAAAGCGGCUAGGAUGUGAGGAAAUGGGUGGAUUCAAUCCACUGAAAGGCCACAUGUUCUUUGAGACGAUCUCAUGGGAGAACUUGCCGGUUCAGACUCCACCCAAGCUGACCCCUUACCUACCAGCCAUGGCUGAAGAUGAUGAAGACUACUAUGGCAACUAUGAAGAUCUCCUCAGUCAGUUCAAGAGCCUACAGGUGGUCGCAUCCAGCUCAUCUCAGAUCGUCCCACUGAGAUCCUGCAGCAAUAUUGAGCAGUACAUCCAUGACCUGGACAGCAACUCUUUUGAGCUGGACCUACAGUUCUCCAGUGAGGAGAAACAGCUUCUUCUGCAGAAGCAAACAAGUGGCAACCCUUGGCACCAGUUUGUUGAGAAUAACUUGAUAUAUAAAAUGGGACCUGUUGACAAACGAAAGGGACUGUUUGCUCGACGCCGUCAGCUUCUACUGACAGAAGGGCCACAUCUAUAUUAUGUGGAUCCUGUGAAUAAAGUACUAAAGGGGGAAAUUCCAUGGUCUCCAGAGUUGCGUCCUGAGGCCAAGAAUUUCAAGACGUUUUUUGUCCAUACGCCAAACAGGACAUAUUAUCUAAUGGAUCCCAGUGGUAAUGCAGACAAAUGGUGUAAGAAGAUUCAAGAGGUGUGGGGAACAGUAUAUCACUAGUAAGAGACUACUGACAUGCCGGGGCAUCAGAAGACCACUGCAGUCAAGGCAAGUCUUGGGGGUCUGAGCCCUUCACCAUUCAACUACCAAUCAGGAAGUCAACUGCGUUUAUGGGACUAAUGCAUCAAUAUUCCUUCUUGAAGAGAAAAUAUGUUUUGUUUGCUAUGUUUUUGUCAUAGAUAGCAGGUGUAAUAUAAAAGCAAGGUUCUGCAAAACUAAGCAAAUCCACAAUUUGUACACUAUGUAUGGGUAUAUAGAUAUGUAUAGGAAGUAUCCCCAAAAGCUUGGGGAACAAACACUCAAUCUGUUGCCUUUUAAAAUAAUAAGGAUAGCUAUAGAGGACACUCAGAUGAUCCUACAGGUCAGGUAAAUAUCAUG